AUGGACGAAACAACCUUGGCUCGUCAACCUAGUAGCGUAAAUGUCGAUUCUGAGUCUUGGGGUUAUGAGUAUAUGCCCCUCAGUGAUAGACAGAUAAGGUUGAUUCGACUAAAUCCGGCUGACCAAGAGAGUGACGAACUCAAUGGCGAACUUGUUGUUAAAGACCUAGAAGAUUUUCCCCCUCCACAUAGGUCAGGCAAUGCAAACGCAGCAGAUUCAGAACGUGCAAAACCAGAGAAGUAUAUUUGUUUUGACGCAAUAUCCUACGUUUGGGGCCACGCAACCUUUACAGAUACCUUCGUCACUCCUCAAGGAUCCAUCCCAAUAACGGCCUCACUUGCUUCUAUUUUACAACGACUUCGUAAUAAGGAAAAAGAAGAACUAUACUGGGCUGAUGGCCUUUGCAUCAACCAGUCAGAUUUGGCCGAGAAGGAGGUCCAAGUUGCUCUUAUGGGCAUCAUCUACAGCUCCGCCAGAAAGGUCUUUUGCGACAUUGGCGAAGAAACAGAGGAGACUGCACUUUUGCUGGAUGCUAUGCAGCGUUACUGGAAACGAAACAUUCGUCACGGCUUUGCAGUAGGUCAAGGCAGCUCCUUGGUUCUGUCAGGCCCCUCUACCGCCAAAAUUAUGGACAUCCCGUAUCCAACAGAUGAGGAAGCAGACGCGAUCGAGGACGUUAAGGGAGAUGAAUGGCCUAAAAGGCUUUUUAAAUUCUUCUCCGCGCCAUGGUUUCACCGUCUCUGGAUUGUUCAAGAGUUUGUCCUCGGACAUGAUGUAGUCAUGGUCAUUGGUCGUCGAUUUAUAUCAUGGGGAGAGAUAUGGGCAGGCUUUGUGCGUUAUAAAGGAGUUGGACCGCCCUGGAUUUCCCAUGAAUAUACCCAAGAUGACCUUACCAGUGUCCUGAUGUCAUAUAACCUCAUGUGCUUGGUUCGUUCUGGUCGUCGCAUCGAUGUCAAUACGGUGCAUGGUCUUGAGUUCUACAACAUAAUUAACAUCCUCUUGUGUGGAGUUGAGAUGAAUCAGGCUGAUUUGCCGAUUUGCAUGCUCCUCUUCUGUACACAUGGGUGUACUCACCCGAGGGAUCGUUACUUUGGCAUUCUUGGGAUGGUCGAUGACGAGGAUAAGGAAAAGUCACGAAGCCUGCGGCCUGACUAUAAAUCGCCUUUGAGAGAUAUAACAAUGAGGUUUUGGAAAUACGCACUACAGACCAAGUUUGGGGGAGAACUUAUGCUCUGCGCUGGAUUGCCGGGACGGACUGAAGGAUAUCCUUCCUGGAUACGAGAUUUCUCAGUGCCUAAACCUUUAAGUCAGAUCUGGAUAGGGAAUUCUCUGACUACAGCAUGGCAUGCAGCAGGAGGCCCAACGAGCACGUGGUCUGCUGCUUUCAGCAACGAUGAUCCAAACUUACUUUUUGUUCAAGGACGGCAUGUGGACGAUGUCACAGAAAAGUCAACUACAAGUAUUUCCAAUCUCUUUGGCUUCGCUUGGAUGGCUGAAUGGUUAGACGAAGCCUUUAGCUUCUAUCAAGCUGGGCCGGAUCCGGUAGAUGAUGAUAUGGAUAGAAGAUAUCCUCCAACGGGCGAGCCUGUUCCUGAAGCUGCUCUCAAAGUAGUGAUGGACUACAAUCAAGCAGACACUAUGUCUCCUGAUGAUGAUAUCUGCAGAGCCAUGCUCCGAAUAGGACUUUCUGUCCCAUCAGUAGCAUUUUCCGAGAACGUCAAGGGCGAAAAUCUCGAAAAGAAACUCUUAUCUGCAUUUGGAAAGGAAGUAUACACUUUGCGACAGCUUUUCCGUCGUAUUUCCCAGAAAAGAGGCAUGGGGUUUUAUAAAACUGGAAAAGGGUUAUUUGCAAUGUUGCGCCCAGAAGUAGAAAUUGGGGAUUCGGUCUGGGUGCUUAAAGGAUGCAGAUUACCUGUUGUCUUACGGCCAAGUUUAUUGUAUCCUGAAUCGUUAGAGUUCGUUGGGGGUGGGUAUAUAUAUGGAGUCAUGAACGGAGAAAUGCUGGACAAAGAUGACUUUACUUGGCAACCAGUCUCACUUAGAUAA